AUGAAAUCGAAAAGGAAGGUGCCCGAACAGCAGGCGCCUGUCGACUACCUAGAAGAUUACGACGAAAAGUUGGUGCAACUGAACAGGCGGUUGGCUAGUGCCAGGACCGAGCACCAUCGGGCCAGGGAUGCACUGGACGAUAACGAGGCCAACUAUGUCGGAACCAAGGAACGGCGCGAGAUGGUGCUCUGGGAGAACGGCCGUCUGAUUUCCGAACGCCAGAAGUCCGCGGACUUGCUGGUGGCCGAGAAACAGCGGCUGGUGGCCGAGGUGAACAGCCACUGGGCCAUCGUGGAUGCACUGUACGAGAGCAGGAUAGUUCAGUUCCAGCGGAUGUUGACGCGCCUGAAAGAGGAUGCGGACUUCGUCAGGACCAGAUUCAAUACCUCGGCCCAAAGGAUAGAAAACAGGACUAUCAUGAUGGACAAGAUCACCAGGGUGUUGGAGAACGCUAGCAACCUUAAGAAAAAACAACAAGAAGGCAUGUACUCUAACAGACAGAUAUUUACGUGCUCAAUGCAUAAAUACACCGAGGAGCUGGAGAGAUACAUCGGCAACUUCUUCGAAACAGUUUUAAUUGGCAGAUCUGACAAACUCAAUCAGCAAACAAUGCAAAACAUUAAAGAAUACUACAACAUAGUUGAGCAAUUUGACGAAUACAGAAGAAAAUAUGUCUCGGCAAGAAAUGAUCAGCAAUUGGCCAAACUGUACAAACAAAACGCCAAAAUAGUUAAGAAUUUAAAAAUAGAGCAGAUGAUAAAAAAGAUGUUGAGAAAAAAAAUUGUCGUUCCGGAAAAACUAUCUAUUGCCGAUGAUCUUCACAAAGAACAUAGCAGUAAUACAAUCGUCUCACAGAAGGAAGAUUCAAAACAUGAACCGCCCGAGGAGUCGGAUCAACUGGGAGCCAUUAUUAAACUGAAAAGAAAACUAACAGAAGAUAUCACACAACAAAACACAGAAGAAAUUGAAUCACGAAAGUGGAAGUGCAAUUAUUUAAAGAAAUUAUUUGACGAAAUAAGAACAAUCGCAGAUAAGGCAAAACAAUACAUAGCCAACCAAGGACAACCAAAGUCUUAUGACACAGCCGACUUUGAAUGGUUAUUGAACAAGGGCGAAGUCAAACAAUAUUCUACUUGCAAGAUAGAGGUCAUACAAACAUACGACUAUGACAUAAAAUUGAACCAAAAACAACCAUACUCCGAGUGUAACAGAGACAACUUACUAAUGUAA